AUAGCCUUAUCAGUGAUGGAACAACAGGGUAGAGAGAAGUACUAUAGCACUCUAGGACCUGUCAAUAAUCUACUUCACGGACGUCUGGAUUCAACUACUUCAUUCUUCGUUUGUAGCCCGAAAGAAGAAGUCGUGAUGUAUAGGACGGCCAGUUUAAGACGGCCACUGCUCCGUCUUUUGGUGACGAUUCUGCUGAUCGCCACAUCAGCAAACGCGCAGCUCAAUUCAAAUGAAGUUGAAGCCACGUUGUUCCUAGAAGAAUUGGAUCCGAUUUACUUGCGAGAGGCUAAUGCCCAAAUGAUGGCAAGAUGGCAGUACAUAACUGAUAUCACUGAAGAACACGCUCAGGCUCAAGUUGACGCCAACGUCAAGUACCUUGCGUUUCAGAAGGAGGCAUGGAUCAAUGUUACUAAAUUUGAUUACUCCAGAUUCAAUAAUGCCACUGUCAAACGAGAAUUCCAAUACCUGAACAUUAUUGGUCCGGCUGCACUUGAAGCUGAAGAUGCGCGAAGAUAUACGGAACUGUCCGAAGAAAUGGAGACCAUCUACAGUGAGGCAAAAGUUUGUAAACAGGACGAUCCCACCGUUUGCAUGCCUCUUGAACCGGACUUGACUGUGAUAAUGGCAACUUCCACCGAUUACAAUGAAUUGGAAUAUGUUUGGACCCAGUGGCGAGAAAUGGCUGGCAAACCCAUCAGGCAGCAAUACCUGGACUUUGUUGCACUCAACAACAAGGCUGCAGUUCUGAAUGGUUACGGUGACAUGGGCUCAUUAUGGAAUGAAUAUUACUUGUACGAAGGCUUCUCAGAAGAUGAAUUUAAAGCCGAAAUUGAAGCUCUAUGGCAAACAGUCAAACCACUCUACGUCCAGCUUUAUACCUACGUCAGAAGAAUAUUGUCUACCACUGUUUAUCAAGGACAAGUAGACCGAUAUGGCCGCCUUCCAGCUCACGUCCUAGGAAAUAUGUGGGCUCAAUCUUGGGGCAAUAUCGCCAAGCAUGUUAUACCUUAUCCAGAUGCUCCUUCUGUAGACGCCACACCAGAAAUGAACAACCAAGGUUAUACAGCGAAAAAAAUGUUUGAGCUUUCGGAAAAAUUCUUUGUCGAUUUGCAUUUUGACAACAUGACGCCAACUUUUUGGGAAAAGAGCAUGAUUGAGAAACCUGCUGAUCGCGAAGUGGUCUGCCACGCCUCUGCCGAAGAAUUCUUCUUCGGUCCCGGCACGAGUACUAGCGAACGAGAAGAUUGGCGCAUCAAAAUGUGUACGACAGUCACGCAAGAAGAUUUCGUUACGGUCCACCACGAAAUGGGGCACAUCCAAUAUUUCAUGAAUUACCGCAAUCAACAUUGGGUUUUCCGCAACGGUGCUAAUCCCGGUUUCCAUGAGGCAAUCGGCGAUACCAUCGCUCUGGCCGUCUCCACUCCAGCUCAUUUGAAAAAAUUGGGAUUUUUAAAGGAAACGACACCAACCAAAACACAGCCACGCAUAGACAAUCUUCCAGAGCUUCCAGCUGGAGUAUCUGAGCAAGAUCUCAACUACUUGCUAAGUCAAGCUCUAGAAAAGAUUGCUUUCAUCCCAUUCGGCUAUCUCAUGGACAAAUGGCGUUGGUCAGUUUUCGACGGUAGCACCACCGAAAGUAAUUUAAACGCGGAAUGGUGGAGAUUGCGAGAAGAAUUACAGGGAUUGAAGCCGCCGGUUUCUCGCAGUGAAUUGGACUUUGAUCCGGGCGCCAAGUACCACAUCCCGGCCAACGUUGAAUACAUUCGGUACUUUGUCAGCUACAUCGUCCAGUUCCAAUUCUACGAAUCCCUAUGUAAAGAAGCUGGCCAGUAUGACCCCAAUAAUCCUGAAUUGCCCCUUUAUAAAUGCGAUUUCGAUGGAAGCCUGGAGGCGGGACACAAACUCAAAGCUAUGCUUGAGCCUGGAUUUUCAAAACCCUGGCCGGACGCGUUGGAGGCUCUAACAGGAAGUAGAAUGAUGGAUGCUACAUCAUUAAUCACCUACUUUGAACCACUGCAAAAAUGGCUGGAAUCUGCCAACAGCAGAUCAGGUGAAUGCUUGGGAUGGGAAGGUUAUUGUGAAUCUUUUGCGGCCGAAUAUAUGGCCGGCGAAUACGAAGAAACGACGUCUUACUUGUACAAUCAAGCCACAAUCGCUGAAUGGAAUUACCAGACCAAUCUGACCGAAGCUAACGGAAUCAAUUCGACGGAGUGGAACGUUAAGGUUGCUAAUUAUCGAAAAGAAUCUUGGGAGCAAUACAUUACCCAAUUCGAAUACGAGCUGUUCGAAGAUGAAUCACUGGCACGACAGUUUGAACUGUUGCAAACGCUGGGCGUGGCCGCUCUCCCCGAGGAGGAUCUGACGAAUCGCACAAACGUAAUCAACAACAUGAACAACCAAUACAGCAGUGCCAAGAUUUGCCCGUAUCAACAGCCAUCGUGCUCUGAUGACGAGAAACUCGCCCUGGAGCCAGAAAUUGAGGAGAUUUUGGCGACGAGCACUAACUACGAUGAACUAAAUUACGUCUGGAGUGAAUGGCGUAAAGUUGCAUCCAGGCCUAUGCUUCACGAUUACGAACAGUACGUCGAAUUGAGCAACAAAGCUGCUCAAGCAAAUGGAAAAACGGACAUGUCUGUACUGUGGAAGGAACCUUACGAGACAGAGGAUUUUCAGCAACAACUGGAAAACAUUUUGGCACAAACGAAACCCUUGUUUGAGAAACUUCACGCCUUCACUCGUAUGAAAUUGCGAGAGAGAUAUGGCGAGGAGAAAAUUCCGAAGGAUAAAUCACCUAUCCCAGCUUCACUUUUAGGAAACAUGUGGGCUCAAACGUGGGAAGCCCUUUACGGUUUAUUGGAACCAUAUCCAUCAGCUGGUACUGUGGACGUCACACAAGAAAUGCAAAAUCAGAAAUGGGAUCCCACUCGCAUGUUUACAACUGCAGAAGAAUUCUAUACGUCACUCGGUCUUCUUCCAAUGCCAACCUGCUAUGGCCCAAAUUCUAUGAUCGAGAAGCCUACUGACGGCCGAGAGGUCGUUUGUCAUGCCUCUGCUUGGGAUUUCUCUGAUGGCAAAGAUUUCAGGAUCAAAAUGUGUACUGGUAUCGACAUGGCAGACCUUAUCACCGUUCACCACGAACAAGGACACAUCCAAUACGACGAACAAUACAAAGACUUGCCAGUCACAUUCAGGGAUGGAGCAAAUCCAGGUUUUCAUGAGGCGAUUGGUGACGUCAUGGCUUUGUCGGUUGCAACGCCGAAACAUUUAAGUAAAAUCGGACUUAUCAAUGACUACGUCGUAUCCCCCGAAUCGGAUCUCAAUUUCUUGAUGAGAACUGCCCUAGAAAAGGUUACCUUUUUGCCAUUCGCUUAUGUCAUGGACAACUGGCGUUGGGACGUUUUCCAAGGAAAGUAUAACUCAUCAAAUUGGAUGGAUAGAUGGAUAUAUCUAAGUGAAUACUAUCAAGGCAUCGUUCCACCCAGCAUUCGUUACGAGGAUGAUUUUGAUCCUGGAGCCAAGUAUCAUAUUGCAGCCGAUGUGGAAUACAGCAGAUAUUUUGUGGCCAACGUUUUACAAUUCCAAAUUCAUAAAGCUCUGUGUCUGGAAGCUAAAGAGUUCGACCCGAAUGAUCCGGAGAAGCCACUUUAUCGCUGCGACAUUUAUCAGAACACAGAUGCUGGAAAAAUCAUGGAAACAUUGUUGAAAGCUGGACUUUCUAAGCCGUGGAGGGAGACGUUGUACGAGGCCAUUGGUACCUCAGAGCUUGACCCUUCCGCGAUUUUGGAUUACUUCGCACCGUUGGAAAAAUACCUAGGGGAUGAGUUAUCUAAAGCGGACGAAUUGAUCGGAUGGGAAAGCACGUAUAAGAACUUUUACAAAGAUGGAGAAAGAUACCCGGUUGGCGAUAACACUGUACCGAUUAUCGUUGGUUCCAUCUUGGCCGCUUUAGUGGUCAUUGUCAUCGUUGCUUACUUCAUCGGCCGUUCACGCAACAACAAGAGGCACAAGCAGCUUCACGGGCACGACAAUCCAACGGCUGUAACGCUCGGUUAAAAGGAAACCAAACAGAAUUUUCCUCUGCUGUU